GCCCCGAAGGAUGUCACUUAUUUUGCCCGCCACUCUUCUUUUUCAUUUACUACUACGACGUUGCAGCAGCAUCUCAAGCAUUCUUCUAAAUACUUGUUUGUUCAUGUGUAACACACGUGCCUGGACUGUCAAUGAUUUCAUGUGUCAAUCUGAGCCUCGUCCCAGCAGUGUAGCGAGUGUAACUGUACAAAUGACAAACAAUCCAUCGACUCUGAGUCCGAGUCACAGACUCUGCCUUCGACGUCCUGUACUGUGCGCCACUUGCACCGAGCAUGUACCACGGCAUGUGUACAGCAGGGUAAUUUUACCGUAAAGCAGGAGGUGGGAUUCGAACCCGUGACCGCAGCUCUGCACCGAAUGUGCCAACGGGCCCCGGGAAGCUGCCGUGGCUAAGCGCUCGCGCGCUCACUUCCUCGUGCGAGAGGUGCGCUGCCACGCGCUGACACACACAUACACACACACACGCGCGCGCGCGCUCGCGCGGAGUCCAGCAGCCCGAGGCGGCGCUCCCGUUCAUGUUCCCCGGUUGGCAGCCCCAGCUCGGCGUGUGAAGCCCCAGCCUGUCGUGAUGUCGGAGCCCAAGGCGCCCGCGCCGCCCCCGGGGGACACGUACAAGGGGUGGCUCUUCAAGUGGACCAACUACAUCAAGGGCUACCAGCGGCGAUGGUUCGUCCUCAGCAACGGCCUGCUCUCCUACUACAGGACGCAGGCUGAGAUGGGUCACACGUGCCGCGGCACUAUCAACCUGGCCACGGCCAACAUCGUCGUCGAGGACUCGUGCAACUUUGUCAUCUCCAACGGUGGCGCGCAGACCUACCACCUGAAGGCGAGCUCGGAGGUGGAGCGGCAGCGCUGGAUCACGGCCCUGGAGCUGGCCAAGGCCAAGGCCGUGCGCAUGCAGGCAGAGUCCGAUGACUCGGGAGACGACUGCGUGUCAUCCUCGCCCCUGCAGUCUGGUCAGGGCAGCGGCACCCGCAACUCGGAGGUGCAGUCGACCCUGCGCACGCUCGGUAGCAAGGUGGAGGACCUGAGCACCUGCAAUGACCUUAUUGCCAAGCAUGGCUCCGCCCUCCAGAGGUCCCUGUCGGAGCUCGAGGGCGUGCGACUCGGCGGGGACACAGGAGACAAGAUCCGGCAGGUGACUGAGAGGGCCACCUUGUUCCGCAUAACGUCCAACGCCAUGAUCAACGCGUGCCGUGACUUCCUGGCUCUGGCCCAGGCCCACAGCAAGCGCUGGCAGAAAGCCCUGCAGGCCGAGCGGGAGCAGCGCGUGCGGCUGGAGGAGACGUUAGAGCAACUGGCCAAGCAGCACAAUCACCUGGAGAGGGCCUUCCGCGGGGCCACUGUGCUGCCACCACCGCUCGCCAACCCGGCCGGGGACAGCAAGGUUUCAGGGAAAGGAGAUGUGAGCGACGAGGAUGAUGAGAACGAGUUCUUCGAUGCCAUGGAGGACGUUCCGGAGUUCAUCACCGUACCUGCGGACCCCAAGUACCACAGGCGGUCGGGCAGCAACGUGAGCGGCAUCAGCAGUGAGAUCGGAAUGGACGACCAGUCGCUUGACGAGCAGUCCCUGGCAUCGAACCCGGAGUCGCCGCAGCCCCAGGAGGUGGAGCUCGUGAGGAAGCGGAGAACCCGCAUUCCGGACAAGCCCAACUACUCACUGAACUUGUGGAGCAUCAUGAAGAACUGCAUCGGCAAGGAGCUCUCCAAGAUCCCCAUGCCUGUGAACUUCAACGAGCCCCUGUCCAUGCUGCAGCGCCUCUCGGAGGACCUCGAGUACCACGAACUGCUGGACAAGGCAGCCAAGUGCCAGAACCCGCUGGAACAGCUCUGUUACGUGGCGGCCUUCUCUGUGUCGUCCUACUCCACGACGGUGCACCGCACAGGCAAACCCUUCAACCCGCUGCUGGGGGAGACCUUUGAGCUGGACCGUCUCCACGAGUUCGGCUACAGGUCCCUGUGCGAGCAGGUGAGUCACCACCCUCCCGCAGCAGCGCAUCACGUGAUCUCCAAGCGAGGCUGGACCCUGAGGCAGGAGAUCACCCUCGCCAGCAAGUUCAGGGGCAAAUACCUGUCCAUCAUGCCUCUGGGUACAAUCCACUGCAUCUUUGAGAAGAGCAACAAUCACUACACGUGGAAGAAGGUCACCACCACCGUGCACAACAUCAUUGUGGGGAAGCUGUGGAUCGACCAGUCAGGAGAGAUCGAUGUGGUUAAUCAUCGCACUGGGGACCGCUGCCACCUGAAAUUUGCCCCCUACAGUUACUUCUCCAGGGACGUGGCGCGAAAGGUCACGGGUGUGGUGACGGACAAGGAUGGCAAGGCCCACUUUGUGCUGUCAGGGACGUGGGACGAGAAGAUGGAGGUGUCCCGUGUCAUGCAGAGCAGCCGUGGUGGCGGAGAGAACGGUACCGAGGGCAAGCAGAAGACCGUGUACCAGACCCUGCGUGCCCGCGAGCUCUGGAAGAAGAACCCGCUCCCGGAGGGGGCGGAGACUAUGUACUACUUCUCAUUGCUGGCGCUGACGCUAAACGAGCAGGAAGAGGGCGUAGCUCCGACAGACAGCCGGCGACGGCCUGACCAGCGCCUUAUGGAACAGGGUCAUUGGGAAGAGGCCAACGCCGAGAAGCAGCGGCUGGAGGAGAAGCAGCGCAGCAUGCGGCGCGAGAGGGAACGGGAGGCGGCACGAGCUGCCAGUGCUGCCGAGGACGCUGUCAAUGAGGACUCCAUUACUGACUCGCCUUUGAAAAGUGUCCCCCAGGACAACUACAAGGCACAGUGGUUCGAGCGCACCGAGGACCCCACCACUGGAGAAGUGACCCAUAUCUACAUGGGAGGAUACUGGGAGGCUAAGGAGCAGGCCAGCUGGGACAUGUGCCCUGAUAUAUUCUGAGUGUCCCUUUCACACCGCUAACCCCCCCCCCCGCGCACAGCCAACUUAGUUGUGACCCGGCAAAUUGGGGCGGGACAGCGAGCUCACAGAUCAGGGAGGUGUCUCAGUCACUGCUCGUCUUUCGGACGCUCCCUAGCGUAGUGUUGGCCCCUGGCCCCACCCUCCCGGGGCAUCCGCUGGGGGUCCCUCUCACAUAAUUGACUAGUAGCUGUUUAACGGUGUUUAAAGAGAUCACUUUAAUGUACGUCUAGACACGUCCGACCACACCCGCUCUAUGUGUGUUUACAUUGGACGUAGGAUUUACUGGGGACAGCCUGGGGUCACAGUUGGAUCCGUCACAUGAGGAUCUGCUUUAAGGGUCACUCUGGCAACCUGCGCUCGUGCGUGUGUGCAUGCGUCAAGGUUACCGGGGCGGGUCCACAGCUCAUGAGCUCCAAGGACCCGUAAGGCACUGCGACAUCACCGCCCUCCUCCUUUCCUGUUUCUCACACACACACACACACACACACACACACACACACCCUGAUCACUGGUGUUUCUGCUUCUUAAGGGGCCUUGUGUUUCUUUCCAGUUUCCUUUACUGGUGUUCCCUGCAUAUAUUUCUGUGUAGUUGAUGAGCAGUUUUUUUUUUUUUUUUUUUUCCCCCUCCCCCUUUUUUUCCUGUGGAGGAGCUUUUCUUCGGUCUGAAGGCUGACGCUCCUCCUAAGUGUGUGUCGUGCAGCACCGUUUCAAACGAAGCACCUUCAUCGGAAGAGCGCGGCGCAGUGUAGCGUUGCGUUAGUGGUCCACAGGCUACGCCCUGCCAUCUCUUUGGCACCUGAACACUAAAAUGCUGUUUUUGUGGAGAUGGCUUACUGUUGCUCUCAUGAAUAUUCAUGAGAUGGGUAUAAAACUCCACCAGCGAAUGUUUAGACACCCAGUGAAAACAUGUGGAGUUACUUUGAAA